GCCGGGCGCCGUGAGUCAGUGCCCAGUAAACAUUGGCGUGAGCCGCGCCGGCUCCGCCAUGGUGGCGGCGCCGUGAGGGCGGGGGGCGGCGCGGCGGCCUGGGCGCGGCGGCAGCAGGCGGGCGGCGGGGGGCCGGGGCCAUGGACGAGCUCAAGCACCAAGUGAUGAUCAACCAGUUUGUGCUGGCGGCCGGCUGCGCCGCAGACCAGGCCAAGCAGCUGCUGCAGGCGGCCCAUUGGCAGUUCGAGACUGCUCUCAGUGCUUUUUUCCAAGAAACAAACAUCCCCUACAGCCACCACCAUCAGAUGAUGUGCACUCCUGCAAACACGCCGGCCACGCCGCCCAACUUCCCCGACGCCCUCACCAUGUUCUCCCGCCUCAAGGCCUCCGAGAGCUUCAACAGCAGCAGCCCUGUGGCAUCCAUGGCGACCUCCCCACCACCCCCGGCCCCGCCGCUGCCCCAGCACGGGGCCUUCAACCCCGCCUGGCCGGCGGCUUCGCCCCCCGGCCAGCAGCAGAGCAUGUGGACUCCGGCCCCGCCGGCGCAGCCCUCGGGCUGGCCAGCCGCCGUCUCCCAGCAAGCCACUGCAGAACAGAAGGCCAACGUGACCAUGGAGGCAGAGAGAUGAGGCCGCGGCGGGGAGCAGCGGGGACCCCUGCCUAUAAAUAAAUAUAUUUUUUUCUUUCCCCCUCACUCCCCAAAGAGGAGAGGAACUCUGCUGCCAGGGCGUCUGGCAGCCACCGAGACACACGAGCAAAUAGCUGCCUUGCAUGGGUUUGGUUUGAAGUAGUUUUUACUUGUCCUCGAGCUCAAACAGAGCUGCCCAGAGACAGCAGGAGGCUGCGUGGGACGUGGGGCCGGUGCUGGCCUCUGCCUGGGACCCCUGCCGCUGCCAGGCUCUUGGGGAGGGAGCACCCCCUCCUCUCUUGGGACACCGGAGUUUGCAUGCGAGUGACAUUUACAGAGGAGGUCCCUUCUUCAGGGUCCCCUGAGCCACCCCACCAGACAGAGUGGGUUGUGGCUGUUUCCCCCCAUACCUUGGCCCCACUUUACCAGGUGGAGGGUACACAUGGUGUGCAGCUUGGAUUUUGUGAGGGGAAGAGAGAGGGCUGUGCCUCCUUGGCUGCCGCCUCCACCCUGCAUGCUCCGUGCUUGCUGGUGAGCAGGGCUGGGGGAUGCCUGGCCCUUCACUAGUCCCAGCAAUGGUGGCCAGGGUGGCCCAGCUGGGCCUGCACACCCUCCUGGGAUGGGGUUUGCCCCAGGGCUGUUUGCAUGACACAGUGUAACCCUAGAGACUGGGAUCGUUUUUAACCCUCUGUUCUUUUCUCCCGGCGGCUGGAAGGCUCUCCAGCCGCACCGCAGCCGCUUGCAAUACACGCUCUGCUUUCAACCCGUGUCCUUGCUUCG